AUGAUCGACGACGCUUUCAAAAACAUGUCGUCUAAUUUUGAAGCAAAUUUCCAGGACGUUAUCACUAGAUCCCUGAACAAACUGACUUCUAGCGGUUUGUCUCAUGACGAGGAUGUUGACAAUUUGCCUGAUAAUGAGCAGAAUCUUGGCGUGCCCGGACCACCACCAGUUUUUCUUUUUGGCAAUGCUUUUGAAGUGCUUCAGCAGAACCGCUCAUACACCGAUUCAGUUUGGGUAAAAAAGUAUGGCCGUUUUAUUGGCUACUACCAGGGCACUAGGCCAACACUGCUAGUGACGGACGCAGAACUCAUCAAAAAAAUACUCGUCAAAGACUCUAAACAUUUUAUGAAUAGGCAAAAGCUAAACUUUUACCAUGAAAUGUGGAAUGAAAACAUGUUCAACGCAUUUGACGAAAAGUGGAAGAAAAUUAGGAGUGUUACAUCGCCCGCUUUUACUACAGGAAAACUGCGAGCAAUGCACCCUCUAAUGACCAAAUGCAUUGACAAAUUGGAACUCUACUUUGAUAGUCUUUUAAUUGGGAACUCAUUUGUGACUAUAAAUGACUUUAAGGAUGCCAUCUCCGGGUUUACAGUCGAUGUCAUCGCCUCAACUUCUUUUGCAACUGACAUUGAUUCAAACGGAAAAAUUGAAUCUCCCUUUGUGCAAAACGGCAAAAAACUGUUUGACAUUAAUCGACUUCGAGCAUUAGUUUGUUUUGUUUUUCCCAAAUUCCUUAUUCAACUGCUCAACGUUAAAACGUUUUUCCCACCGACACCGUUUAACUUUUUCAUUAAUCUUUCUCAAGAAAUUGUCAAACAACGGAAAAGAGGUGAAGUUAAACGUAAUGAUUUCGUUCAACUUCUCUUGGAUUCUGCCAUCGACGAGAGUCAACUAGCCAAUUUGGACUACAAUAAACUGACAAUGGAAAUUAUUGCACAAUGCUUUUUAUUCUUUGUUGCUGGAUUUGAUACAACAGCAACUUCUAUUGUAAAUUUACUUUAUAUUCUUGCCAAAAACCCGACAGUUCAAGAAAAACUCUAUCAAGAAAUCAUUACCAACACAGCAAACAUCAGCGACAAUCACUCUACUGAAUAUUAUGACAAAGUUGUUAAUGAUUUGCCGUAUUUAGAAGCUACCAUCAAGGAAACAUUACGAAUGUAUCCUCCGUUUACUGUGCUUUUUCGCCGUGUCGGAACUGACGGAUACAAGUUGAACGGAGUUCUCUUACCAAAAGACAUGUUGGUAGAAGUGUCAAACUGGGUUGUUCAUUAUGACCCCGAGUAUUUCCCAGAACCAUUAAAAUUUGAUCCAGACCGUUUUUUGCCAGAAAACAAGCAUCUUAUUGUUCCGUAUUCCUAUUUGCCUUUCGGAGAUGGUCCCAGGAAUUGCGUGGGCAUGAGAUUUGCCAUUCAAGAAAUGAAACUGAUGACAGCUCGAGUUUUAACUAAAUACUGUUUUGAAAAAGCAAAUGAAACGCCUGAAGAGUUAACUUUUCAAAAAGGAUCACCUUUAUUGUCACCUAAAACGUUUCCUUUACAAAUCCGCAAACGUUAA